CGCCGAUUUCGUCAGGCAAAGCGGUGCGUGCACGAAGCUAGUGUUUGGCGUGAUGUGUUUGUUGUUGCAUUGAUAUUUAUUUCGCGUAUUUUAAGUGAGUUCACAUCAUCGAGCCAAGAUGACUAUGAGAACAUUUGGAGAAAAGCCUACGGCUUUUCAGCUUGAAGAAGAUGGGGAAUUUUACUACAUCGGCUCCGAGGUCGGAAACUACCUGCGGAUGUUCCGCGGAUCACUGUACAAGAAGUACCCCUCUCUUUGGCGCCGGCUUGUUACGGUGGAUGAACGCAAGAAGAUAGCAUCGCUUGGUGUCGGACUGAACAGUUUGGCCACAAACAUUUCCCUUCUAAGGGUUACGGAAGUGGAUGAGGUUAUAGAGGGCAAAGACGAAAAAUACAAGGCUGUGUGCGUGAGCUCUGAGCCCUGCCAGCCCCUGAGGGAAAUAAAGUCGAAGCGUGGUUCCUCGUGGAUGCCAACACUGCCGAACAGCUCUCAUCAUCUGGAUGCUGUCCCGUGCUCCACCCCAAUAAAUCGCAACAGGAUUGGUCACAAAAAGAUCAGGACCUUUCCCCUUUUGUACGACGACUUGGACCCUUCCACGCUGCACGAGAACUCGGCUCAGCCAGAAGUGUUGGUCCCGAUACGACUGGACAUGGAGAUUGAGGGGCACAAGCUCAGGGACACUUUUACGUGGAACAAGAACGAGGCGCAGAUCACGCCUGAACAGUUUGCAGAAAUCCUUUGCGACGACUUGGACCUCCCACCACUGUCAUUCGUUCCUGCCAUUUCGCAGUCAAUUCGGCAGCAAAUAGAAGCUUUCCCCACUGAUAACCUCUUAGAUGACCAAACGGAUCAGAGAGUCAUCAUAAAGCUGAAUAUACAUGUGGGAAACAUCUCUCUGGUGGACCAGUUUGAAUGGGAUAUGUCAGAAAAGGAAAACAGCCCGGAGCAGUUUGCACUGAAACUGUGUUCCGAGCUGGGCCUUGGUGGAGAGUUCGUCACAGCCAUAGCGUACAGCAUUCGUGGUCAGCUCUCGUGGCAUCAACGAACGUAUGCAUUUAGCGAGGCACCCCUGCCAACAGUCGAGCUGCCAUUCCGCAGUCAGACGGAAGCGGACCAGUGGUGUCCUUUUCUCGAGACACUCACAGACGCAGAAAUGGAGAAGAAGAUCAGAGACCAAGACAGGAACACAAGGCGAAUGCGACGUCUUGCAAAUACUGCGCCUACAUGGUGAAUCUCGCGGCCACCUUGUCGUAAUUGGCUUUCAGAUGGCCUUUCACAGCACACUGUACAACAUUUCGUAGUUGUGUCAUAUUGUCCGCCUGUACACGCAUGCAGUUCUGUCCAUCGGUAAACGAAAUAAAACCCAUGAAUGUUCCUCA